AUGAGUGUUCGAUUCGAGUCCGAGUCGAGUUCGAGUCGAUUCCGAUUCGAGUCCGAUUCGAGUUCGAUUCCGAUUCGAGUCCGAUACGAGUCCGAGUCGAUUCCGAUUCGUGUCCGAUUCGAGUUCGAAUCGAUUCCGAUUCGAGUCCGAUCCGAGUUUGAUUCGAGUCCGAUUCGAGUUCGAAUCGAUUCCGAUUCUAUUCCGAUUCGAGUCCGAUUCGAGUUCGAGCCGAGUUCGAAUCGAGUUCGAGUCGUUUCUGAUUCGAGUUCGAGUCGAGUUCGAAUCGAUUCCGAUUCGAGCUCGAGUCGAGUCCGAAUAGAUUCCGAUUCGAGUCCGAUCCGAGUUCGAGUCGAGUCCGAUUCGUGCCCGAUUCGAGUUCGAAUGGAUUCCGAUUCGAUUCCGAUUCGAGUUCGAUUCGAGUCAGAUUCGAGUUCGAGCCGAUCGAGUUCGAGUCGAUUUCGAAUCGAGGUCGAGUCGAGUUCGAAUCGAUACCGAUUCGAGCUCGAGUCGAGUUCGAGUCGAUUCCGAUUUGAGUUCGAGUCGAGUCCGAGUCGAGUUCGAGUCGAGUCCCAUUCCAGUUCGAGUCGAACUCGAAUCGAUUCCAAUUCGAGUUCGAGUCGAGUUCAAGUCGAGUCCGAUUCGAGUUCGAGUCGAGUUCGAAUCGAUUCCGAUUCGAGUUCGAAUCGAUUCCGAUUCGAGUUCGAGCCGAGUUCGAAUCGAGUUCGAGCCGAGUUCGAGCCGAGUUCGAAUCGAGUUCGAGUCGAGUUCGAGUCGAGUACGAAUCGAUUCCGAUUCGAGUUCGAGUCGAGUCCGAUUCGAGUUCGAGCCGAGUUCGAAUCGAGUUCGAGCCGAGUUCGAAUCGAGUUCGAGCCGAGUUCGAGUCGAUUUCGAUUUGAGUCCGAUUCGAGUCCGAUUCGAGUUCGAGCCGAGUUCGAAUCGAGUUCGAGUCGAGUUCGAGUCGAGUCCGAUUCGAGUUCGAAUCGAUUCCGAUUCGAGUUCGAGCCGAGUUCGAGCCGAGUUCGAGCCGAGUUCGAGCCGAGUUCGAGCCGAGUUCGAGCCGAGUUCGAGCCGAGUUCGAGUCGAUUCCGAUUCGAGUUCGAGUCGAGUUCGAGUCGAGGCCGAUUCGAGUUCGAGCCGAGUUCGAGCCGAGUUCGAAUCGAGUCCGAAUCGAUUCCGAUUCGAGUCCGAUUCGAGUUCGAGCCGAGUUCCAAUCGAGCUCGAGCCGAGUUCGAGUCGAGUUCGAGUCGAGUCCCAUUCCAGUUCGAGUCGAGUCCGAUUCGAGUUCGAGUCGAGUUCGAAUCGAUUCCGACUCGAGUUCGAAUCGAUUCCGAUUCGAGUUCGAUUCGAGCCCGAGUCGAUUCCGAUUCCGAUUCGAGUUCGAGUCGAGUUCGAUUCGAGUCCGAUUCGAGUUCGAGUCGAGACCGAGUUGAGUUCGAUUUGAGUCCGAUUCGAGUUCGAGCCGAUUCCGAUUCGUCUCGGAUUCGAGUUCGAUUCGAGUCCGAUAGGAAAACAGGGAAAUAG